UUAUUUAUUUUUUGAAAAAGAUGCUAUCCCUUUCUAUAAAAAAUUGCUGGGGAGUUGCUUCGUUAAGACAAUCUGUUGGUUUUCCAGCUUGUGAAGAAUAUGAAUAUUUUGCUCCACUUGGAAGUUGUAUUGUUUGUUGGAAUAUAGUGUUGCACAAAAAAGUGUUACAAUUUCAAGCUCAUUCAGAUCUUAUUGUAGUUAUGUCUAAAAGUAAAGCAGAUUUUGUUUUAACUGUAUCAUAUUGUGGCGAAAUAAAAUUAUGGACUAAAAAUUUUGAUUAUAUUUGUGGAUGUAAUUUUCCUAGUAAUAAUGUUAUUUUUGGUACUUGGUCUGAGUGCAGUUCUCACUUUGCAGUUAUAUCAAAUAGCCCUAAAAGUAUGAUUGUGGUUUACUCUAUAAAAUGUGUAACAGAUAAAACUCCAGUAAUUGAGCAAGUCAUGGAAUAUAUGGCUCCAUUAGCAACUGAUAUUGAUGCAAAAGUUAUUAAAUGCUGUUUUAGUUUUUGUGUUUUUUAUUAUAGGUAUAUAAUUGUUAUCUAUCAAACAGAAAAAACAUCAGAUAUAUACAAAAUAUGUUUACAAACAAAUGAUACUUUAACAGUUAGAAUUAGACCACUUGGUGAUGAUUGCAAUGGCAUUUACUGUUUAAGUGAAAUUAAAAAAAAUAUGUUUGCUUUAGGUCUUAAUCAAGGAAUAUUUGCAAUUUAUAAUGCUGAUACAUUAGACUUGAUUUCAAUAAUACUGGCUUGUGGUUCUCCUCAAGUGUGCAUGUGGUAUGGGGAAUGUUUAUUGACAGUCUCAUAUCUUUCAGGAAAAAUAAAUUUAUGGAGCACUGAUGGCAUGCUUAUACAAGAAUAUAAAGAUGCUCCAACUGGCUCUAUUGUUUCUGUGCAGCAAUCAUUGCACAAUAGUUCAAGCAUUUGGGUUGGUGGAAUUAUGUCUUUACACUACAUCACUCUUUCUGAAUCAUGUAUUCAGCAAUCCUUAGAUUUAUCAUUUCACAUGGUUACUGGUUGUGGUAUUGACAUAAGCUCUGAGGAAAUUGUUGCUUCUGGGGAUUUUACAGGUCAAGUACUUCUCUGGCAAAACGAUUGCGAGUUACCUAUAAAAAAACAUUGUUUUACGAACAGUGUGCGGUGUCUCUUGUGGUGUGAUGAUAUAUUACUUAUUGGUUUAUUGGAUGGACAAAUGUACCAAUGGAAACUGUGUAAUGAGAAUUUUGAACCAGCAGAAGUUUACAAUUUUAUUGGUGGAGUUGUUUCUAUUAAAGCUAAUCAUGAUAGAAGAAAACUUGCUGUUGGUACAACUCGUGGAUUUUUGUACAUUUUUUCCUUGCAAUUAAAUAAUGGCUUUUUAAAAUUUGAUAUUCUAUACUGUAAUGUUCAGCAUGCUGCAAAACAUGCGAAUAAUCAAAGUAUUGACAUGGAAAUAUGGAGUCUUACAUGGAGUCCUGAUAAUAAUCAAAUUGCUACAGCUUCAGAAGAUCAAACUUGUUUAAUAAAUGAUUCUGAAAAUGGAAAAAUUCUUCAUGUACUUAUUGGACAUUCUUCUGCAGUAACAUCAGUUGGCUGGAAAAUUCUUUCAUCCUCAAAAAAUAUUUUGGUGACUUGUGCUGAUGAUCAAACAGCAAGAGUAUACGAUGGUAUAUCAUUUCAGUUUUUAAAGGUUUUGGAUACAUAUGAGUUAUAUGGAUGGCAUACUCUUACAUACAUUGUGAUUGAUGUUAAAAAAGAUUUUCUUUUAAUUUCCACUCAAAAUGGAUAUGUAGUGGUUUGGAAUCUUCGAGAUUAUAAAUGUUAUGCAAAAUAUAAACUUCAUUCAGGAUCAAUAGAAGGACUGGUUAUUGAUAAAGAUCAUAUUUUGACAAUUGGUUCAGAUUGUGUUGUAAAUAAUUUUUCUAUUAAGGAGGGGGCAUUAGUGACAGUACUGAGAUAAAAA